AUCCAAUCUGCAAAUACCUACUGUGGUGUUGCCGCGACCUGUCUGGUAAAUUAGGUGUUGAGAUGUUGUAGUUGUAUUCUAACACACUGGCCACUGUGGGUAACACUCUGCUGCCAGCCUUACCUUACCAGUUGCAGUCCACAUCGUUGACCUUUGAUAAAGUAGAAACAAUUGCCAUGGAAACAAACAAUCCAACUGACAAAGAGACAAGCCAAAUAAAUGCAGCCAUCUUUCCAUCAAGGAAACGUGGUCCUGAUGCUGAUGCUGGUUUGAUGGUCUCUACUAAGGCAUCGAAGAAGUUGUACUCUCAAUCUGCAGCGGGUUACCAUCAGAUGUCAAGCGAUACUGCUGAUGAGGCGGAGAUCGUUUCAAACGCAUGCACCCAGUUUCAUCCUUGUGUUGGUGAUGUUCAGACAUUCACAGAGGGUACUCAGGAUGAUUCGACCUUGACCUUGGACCCGGCAGCUAUUGGGGAGUAUUGUGAGAUAUCGAUGGAAUCCAGUACGAGUGAUCAGAAUGUGUAUGUUAACCAAUCUUCCACAGAGUAUCAGCCUUACUGUGGCCAACUUCAAACAUUCCCUGAUGGCACGGAGAAGGAAUUGCAGUCUCUUGCUGGGUACGUUUAUUAUGAGGUGUCGACGAGUGAUAUUCAGGCUUUGAGCCCAAGUGAUGAAGGCAAUGCAGUGAUUAUAGCACCCCAGCCGUUGGUAGACAAUGCCUACACUGCCAACCAACUUCAGACACGGAAAGAUACCAACGAUAGAAAUGAGUAUGACCUCGGGUCCUCCAUGGUGUCUGCUCGUGCCCUUCAGACACCAAGUGAUCCUACUCGGCAGAAUGAGACCUUCACUCAGUAUUAUUAUUUGCCUGCUACUGAGGCACUUCAGACGUCAGCCUAUACUUACACUUCUGUCCAGAAUGAACUCGUACAAGCAACUGCUAACUUGGACAGUCUGCCUACUGCUUGUCAAUUUCAAAUGUCUGCUAGCCGUCUGCCUACCACUGGUGAUCUUCAGAUAUCUGCUGAUGCUAAGCAAAUGGAAGCAGCCCAGCCUGUGGCAUCUGGCAAACUAAAGGCAUUGACUGGUGAAACUGAAAAGGAUAUGCCCUCGAUUAAGUUGGAGUGUCUGCCUACUGCUGGAGAUCUUACAACGUUAGCCAAUACUAGUAAUGAGCAUCAGGUUCAAGCCCGUCCGCCUUUGACUAAUUGUUCCUUUUCUGCCAAUGAACUUGAGACAAUGGCUAAGGUAACUGAAGGUGUCAAGCCCUCGAUUAAGAUGGAGUAUCUCCCUACCACUGGUGACCUUUCAACAUCAGCCAGUAGUAUUAAUGAGAAUGAGAUGGACACGGCACAGCCUUUGGCCAACCGUAAUGAACUACAGACAAUGGCUGAUGGAACUGAAGUCAAUGUUCCCUUGAUUAAAGUGGAGUGCAUCCCUACCGCUGGAGAACUUCCCACAUUCUCCAAUAGUAGUCAUGGCAAUCUGAUCAAAGCGGCUACCUGCAGACAACAGGCAAUGACUGAUGGAAGUGAAGCUGACUUGCCCGCUAUUCGGUUGAAGUUGCUGCCCACUGCUAGAGACUUUCAAACAUCAGUCAGUUGUAAUGAGAAUGAACCAAACCAGUCAACAGCAAAUCCUCAAUCUUCUACAGUUGGACCACAGUCAGUGACUGUUAAGACUGUGGCUGACAUUCGCUCGAUGAAGGUGGAGGCUCCCCCUACCACUGUAGGUUUUCAGAUAUCAGCCAAAAGUAGUGAGAAUGUUGCAACUCGGGCAACAUCUGAGUCUCCAGUUACUGCUGGUGGACGACAGACAGUGAGUGAUGGCACCGACGCUGACUUGCCUGUGAUUAAGAUGGUGUGUCUUCCAACCACUGAAGAUCUUCAGACUUCAGACGAGCCCUCAACCAAUAUGAACUUCCCCACCAGUGAACCUGAGGUAGUCCCUGAGAGUGCUCAAGAGAAUGGGGCCUUGAUAAAGUUGGAGUGCUUGCCUAGCCCUGGAAGAUUUGCGACAAUGACUGAGAGAGGUACAGGGGAAGCAGCGUUGGUUAAGAUGGAGAGUUUGCCUGGUGAGGUCCAGACAUCACCCGGUAGGGGUGAAAAUGAACCAACUGAGGUGACUGUUGACAGUGCCUUCACUGCUGGUGAACUAAAGGCAUUAACUCACAUAACUGGAGACAUGAGUGAGCCCAUGCCUAUGGUCAAGAUGGAAGCUUUGCCUCCAGCUGGAGAUCAUUGGACAUCCCUAAAUAGUGAUGCAGCUACCCAACUGGCAGCGAACAAUCCCAUUACUGCCAAUCACCUUCAUACGGUGAGCAAGUCCACGCCAAGGGUGGACAGUAUGCCAGACUCUGGUUCACCUCCAGCAACAGUUGACGAAAGUCCAGUGGAACAGCUGACAGAAGCAGUCGAGGUAACUCCAGCAUUGGAGAGUCAACCUCCAUCUGGAGAUGUUCACACCUUGGAAAACAGUGAUUCAGAAGAGGAAGCACCAAUGCCAGUGCUUGAGCGCAUGCCGCUCAUUAAAUUGGAAACUCCUUCAACCUCCGCUGGACCUCGGACAUUAAACGCCAGUAGUCUCGGGUGCCAGGUUCAAGGUCAAAUAAGUGAUAAGCAAUUGCCAAGAAAGCGUCAAACUCACUCAGAUAGUCGGUCGCUAUUCACAGAGUUGUUCGCCCUGCAGCAGCAGUCGCCAGGCAAGAAGGAGACAAGUGGCCUAUAUCAACAGAAAGACCUUAUCAACAUUGUCAGCUUCGAACCUGGAGUGGAACUUGACACUGGGUCCAGUUUGAGUAUCAGGGUUAAAAAUGGCUCUGGAAAAACACAGACUUACCACUAUGAAGUGAAAGAGUCUGCUUAUGAUGCUGGUGUCGGUACUGCAACUGUCGUAAUGCAGGAAGCCGGUUCUGGAAGUCGUAAGGAUCGACGUAAAAGACGCAACCCAAGGAAGAGUACUUCUGCCUCUGAUACAGUUGUUGUGGGCUCAGAGAUGGAAGAUGUUUCCGAUUCUGGUCAUGUGGCUUCCCUCAAGAUGGAGGUCGAAGAUGGUGAAGGGUCGCUGAGUGAACAAGAGAUUCAGGAAGCCAUCACAGAGGAAGAAAUGGAUACGAAUGAUGAAGAUGACCUUUGGGAAAACUGGCAAGAUCACGAUCCAGAUUACGAUGUCACUAAAGAGGAGGAUGACGAGGCCACCGCCAGCAACGAGGCCACCGCCAGCAACGAGGCCACCACCAGCAACGAUGCCAGGGAUUCAAAGUCAACUCUUUCACAGCCUGAUCUACACAUCGUCAAAGGAUCCUUGCGACCGAGUUUUUCCGCCAUUUUGCCCCGUCGUCGUAAAUCAGAGGCAGGCUCUGCUGAAUGUUUUGAGGUCAAGUGUACAGGGAAGGAUAUGAAAGAAGGCUUGAUCUGUCGCUACACAUUCUGCGAUGAAACAUUUCAAAAAUGGUGUGAGCUAACGAACCAUGAGCGCAGUCAUAAUGGAUUAGCCGCACUGCACUGUAAACAUUGUAAUAUAUCAACGAGUGAUCCCGAGGGUAAGAAAAGCAAACUUUACUCAGGCGUACUCACGUGUCAUUGUGGGAAAGAGUUUAAGGAGGUGAAGCGGUUGACAGAACAUGCUAAGACUCAUGAUGACAACAGGCCACAUCGCUGUGAAUACUGCAACAAAAGGUUCAAAACGAAGACUGUCCUAGCGCGUCAUAUUCGUACACACACAGGAGAGGUCAAAUACGAGUGCAUGUUCUGCGGGAGAGGAUUCGGUGAUUACAGCAGUUGGAAGCGACACGAGCGUGUUCACACGGGAGAGACACCCUAUAAAUGUGAACACUGUGAGCAACAGUUCAAACAGAGUAAAAACCUGAAAGCACACGUGAAUGCUGCUCACACAGCUCUUGAGCAUUAUGGAUGUGAAACAUGUGGCAAGAUAUUUCUGAGGAAGGAUAUCUUGUAUUCACAUAAGAAAUCACAUGAGCCCAAGUCAACUGAGCGCCCAUUUAAAUGUGAGAUUGAGUCGUGCGGCAAAUAUUUCAGGACGAAAAAACUCCUGGGAGAUCACAAGCUCAUUCACACCGGUAAAAAACAAUACAAGUGCGAUUUUUGCGAUAAAACUUUUUUGAAAAGUAGCGCACGAACGGUACAUCAUCGCACACAUACAGAUGAGCGGCCGUUUAAAUGUGACAUCUGUGAUGAUGCAUUUCGCACAAAGGGGGCGUUUCUGCAGCAUAGAAAUAUUCAUACGGGAUCAAGGCCACAUAAGUGUCGUUAUUGUGAUCAGGGGUUUGCCGCAAAGUCUUCAGUUUAUAAUCAUGAGAAAAUGCAUAAGAAGGAGAUAGAGGGCCUGGUGGACAGGAAGGAUUUGGACACCCCUGUGCAAAAGGGGGAUUUGGACACCCCUAUGAAGAAGGGGGAAUUGGACACCCCUGUGAAGAAGGGGGAAUUGGACACCCCUGUGAAGAAGGGGGAAUUGGACACCCCUGUGAAGAAGGGGGAAUUGUUGGGGCGGGUCUGUAAACCACUGUUCAAUGUUGGUGAGAGAAUGGCAAAGAAACAUAAGACAGAGUCACUGAAAGAUCAACCUCUCGAUGUCAGUGAGAAGAAAACCACUGCUAACCCAUAUGUUUUUGAUGAUUAACUGGUCAGGUUGAUGGCCUGCUAUGAAUUAGAUAUAAACCUGGCAGCUGUGCAGUAAAUAUAGGCCAAGGCAAUGAAAUGUGUGUAUCAUGUUUUGAGAACAGUCUUAUAAACAUCACUAUUGGUAUGAAUAUUGAGUCUCAUUGCCGCUAUCAGCAGGACUGUGCUAGCGGUCCAAUUUUAUUCUACUACUAUACAGAUUUGAAAUCAACAUGGGAACAAAGUUUCUCAUAGUAAAAUCUAUGAAUACUAAAAAAUGAAGGUGAUAUUGCUGUUUAUGUAUAUAAGUAAAAGCCAUGUAUAAUUACUUUAGAUUUUUGUUUGAAAAUUAUUAUUGCUUGUGUUAAGAUUUAUUUGCCAGUUGAGCAGAUGACGUCAUCACUCUGUGUGGAGCCUCGCAUUCUGUUAGUCUCUCACACACCACUUUGAGUCUCCUUGGUGGGUAAAACCAGUAUGAGCAACAUGAUCAGUGCUGUAGCUAGUGAGAUGGGGGGGGGGGGACUUGUCUCUCAGCGCCCAUCCCAGAGUCCCCUGUCUGUCAUGUAGAACACGACUUAAAUGAGUAAA